UGCAUUCACAUACUCAGUGGUGAUUCUCCUGGUUGCCAUGGUGGAGAGAGCGAAAGUGAACCCCAUCACCUUUUUCGAUACUCCACCCAUGCUGUUUGUCUUCAUCUCGCUGGGCAGGUGGCUGGAGCAGAUAGCAAAGAGUAAGACCUCGGAGGCUCUGUCCAAGCUGAUGUCUUUACAGGCGACAGAGGCCACCGUUGUUACACUGAAUGAUGACAUGUCUGUGUUAAGCGAGGAGCAGGUGGAUGUGGAGCUGGUUCAGAGAGGAGAUGUUGUGAAGGUUGUGCCCGGAGGGAAGUUUCCAGUGGAUGGCAGAGUGAUUGAAGGACACUCGAUGGCAGACGAGUCUCUCAUUACAGGUUCAAGAGGGCACUUUUCUCUUUACUAAUAUGAGAGCAAUCAAACG